AUCUGGCAUGGAUGGAGACAGCAGGGCUGUGAAGAAAUGAAAAGAGCGCGAAAAGGACAAACGACAAUUCUUCAUUGUUGGUUGACACCAACAACUUUAAAAAAAGGAAAUAUCUUGACCAAAAAGAGGUUCAAGAAUGAUUGCCGAACAGGCCAUGAAAGAGAGGCAGGUGACCAGAGAGGGAGAAGCACAGAUGAGGAGAGAGAGAGAGGAGGUGCCAGAGGAGGUGCAACAGUUGAGCAAGAGAGAGGAGGAGGAGGUGACAGAGGAAGUCCAGGUGAUGGAGGAUCAUCAGGUGACCAAAGAGAAGGAGAGAGAGCACAGGGAAAGGCAGCACAGGAGGCACAAAUGACCAGGUAACAUACCUUAGCCCUUGUACUGUGUUAGCUUUCUCUAUACAUGCUCCAUGCUAGGGUUGGUUUUGACCUGUGCCUUAAAUCAGCUGUAAAUUACACUUAAAACAAUUAUCUAUCAUGCAGUUUUUCCCUUAUCUAUUGUUACCUUGUCAGGCUUCAUUAUGCAUGAAUUACUGGUUUUAGUAUAUUUUGGUGUGGCCUUUGGGCCUUUCUUUGUCUGUAUACCCCUUAAAUUCAAUUUAAAAAAAUGUGAAAUGAACCUCAAGAGAAUCAUGUAAACAAAUAAGAGGUUGUAUUGUUACCUCAUUAUUACUGGGAGGUGUUAGAACAUAUAUUGUAAAAAUAUAUACUACUUUUUUAUUCUAGUAUUACAAACUAUAGUAAUAUCUGUGGUGUGAAGGGUUAAUUUCAACCAUAUAUUGUUGUGAAGCAUGGAGAUAUGAGAUCCCAGAAUCAGCCACAAAGGGGAGACUCUGACAGAACAACAGCUAAAUAAGGGAACAUUGUGAUAUUAUAACCUGUAAUUUAGGAUCAAAUUAUGCCAUAACCUAAUGAAUGUGUUUGAUCUAACCAAGUGUCUAUUCUUACAUUCUAUAAUUUUGAAACAAGUGUAGAAAUCAGAAGCGUGUCUCACUGUAAAAAGUGAUGGUUUGAUUAUUUUUGAAAGGUUGUCUUGAGAAUCUUUGUUUAAGAAGUAACCAGGUCAGAACAGCAGCUCACUGUGAAAACUGAUGUUUUUGAUAGAUUUGACUAAAAAAAGAGAAACUUAUGCUUUAUGAAAUGGGAAUGCUUUUAAGAGUUUUGGUUUGACUACUGUUAAAAUAAGAGGUUUUAACUUGGUAAUGAGGUGAGAAGUCACGAGUUAAGUGAACUAGGGUCAAAUGUUCACCGUAAAGAUUAAACUCAGAAUAGAUUGGUUUUUUUUUUUUUAAUAAGUCUGUACACAUUGUCCAAAAGAUUGCACAAUGGGAUGCCAGCGACAGUUAGAAGCUGACAUCCGCUUUUCCUUUUCCUGAUCAGGAGCCUGUGCUGAGUUGCAGACAGGAGAGAUCAGGGGGGGCAAGAUGGGCUGUCUGGACAGUCCAAAACAGAUAGUUUCAGUUCCUUAAAAGUGGAGGUGUCCAUGCGGUCAGUGUAUGGGGCAAGUGUGCGAGUUGGGAGGGGGUAAAGAUGAAGUUAUUGCUCAAGUUAAUUUAGUAUGAGAUCAUUGCGUAUGCAUAAGGUUCAGUAAACUAUAAAUUACAUCUGAUCGAGACGCAAGUUGGGAGAUCGUUGCGGGUAUCUGCCUGGGUGCAAUCCAGACAUCAGUCUGAGCACAGGGGAUGAUUACCACGUAACUCGGACGGGAAUUCAACAUGGUCUGCAACGGAAUAACUGUUCUGAUGGAAUUAUGGACCAAAGUACUGCGUUUCCUGCAGUGUUGGAGGAUUACUGAACUGUGAUCUGGAAAUAAUGUUGUCUGAAGGAACAUUACUGAACUCUAUUUUCCAUGUGAGGAAUAACACCUGAAUGGAUUAACAAAGUUUUUACUGGUCCAAACAAUAAAAAUGGAUAUAUGCAGAUCUAAAUCUGGUCGGACCCCCGUCCACUUCCCCCUGGGCCCCGGCGGGUCUCAAACACUUGUCGGGUCUCAGGUGAGCAGCCGGGUGUGGCCACACCGUGGCUGCUCUCCCUCCAAAUUAUGUAAUCUGGGUGAAUAUUACUUCUCUUUUAUGAAAGCAUAGUUCCACUUAUGAGUCGUGUUAAACAAUUGAAAGAAUAGUGAUGUUUGAUUAAUUGUCUGAUGAUUAAGAGCUAUUGCUACGCCCUGCUAAAUAUAUUUUAAUAAAGCAUUAUUCUGCAAUUAAAGACAACAAAUUGCAAGUGCUAUUUUUAUCCCUGAAUGAUACUUAUACAUCUCGCUCUGGAUGUAAAAAGUUAGAUUACUGCGUGCAUAACAAUAGUAGAGGUUCUGAAAGGUUACCUAGUCAUGGGGGCCAGGUUGGCCCUAUAAACAUAUCCUAGAGGUUGUCUAUAUGUCCAUAAUCUCUGAAUUAAACCUGGCAACUUACCAAGAGCAAGAUCCAUGAGAGGAAAAGCUACCGUUAACAGGCGUGACUGGUGAUUAAGUUUAACUAUACCGAAGUGGCUACUCGGUUAAAUUAAUUAUCAGAGGAAGCAGGGAUAGGCGUCUGGAUGAAGGCAGUGAGAAAGCUAGGCGAAUUUUCCUCGUAUUACCAGCUUCACAGUUCUUUAGAACCCAUCUGAGUUAGACCCCAAUGGGCUGGAGAACCGGACCCGUAGGAUGGAGAGCUGGUCCGGUGAUUCUCUGACAGCUGAAUAAGUUAAUUAGGGGGUUACUGGCCCUGAGGAUCGACAAUAUUUACUUAAAGAAAGAGGCAAAACAGUAUUUUUGUAGAACAAGAACUUUAUAUGCAUGAAUAUUUCUGAACAUUUCUGAACAUUUAUAUGUUAAUAUUCACAGAUGCACCAUGAUUUCAGUUUUGGCUCUAAUUAUUGCCAAAUAAUCUUAUUGUUAUAACUGGGGCCAUGACAAAACAGACAACACUAUUUCAAACAGAGCACUUACAAUUUAAUGUUAAUUACAUGUUAAUGUUUAAUGUAUUUUUCUUUCUUGUUUAAUUUGUUUAAAUCGAGGUUGCAGACAAAAUCAAAAAGCCUUGAUGCAAUAAACAAAUAUUAAUUAGUUCUUUAAACCAUUUAAAACCUGAAACGGGUCAGUACCAACCCUAACACAAGAGGAAGGUUAAGAAACAAAAUUGUGCAUGCAAACACACACUAUCAGAGCACUGAACUGAUAUUUGGUUCUUGUGGUUUCCUCACAGAGGGACACAUAGUGAGGGCAGCAGUCAGGCAAAUGAGCAGGUAAGAAUGCAAGGACAAUUUAACCAUAAAUAGUGUUAUUUAUAUUUACAAUACAUUAAUUUAAUAGAUUUUUAUUUCAGAGACUGACAAGUCUUCCUGUCAUGUUCACCACAGGGACUUGAGCCCCAUGUUAGGGACCAGUUGAACACCGACAACAGGGACAGAGAAGGAUUUGAUGUUACAGACAUCAUGACCUGCACAAAGCCUGCGCAACCUGAUCCUAAGUUUAUUGUAGUGCAGAAGCGAGCUAAAUGUGUGUUGACUUUUCACCAAAAGUGGUUCACAACUUUUCCUUGGUUGCAUUACAGUGCCACUUUACAAGGGGUCAUAUGUUUUCACUGUGCCAAAGUUUAUUUGAAUCAGUCAACAUUUGCAAGCAAGUGUGACCCUGCCUUUGUGAGCGUAGGCUUUAGAAAUGGGAAAAAGGCUAUCCAGAGGUUCUCAGAACAUGCUAAAUGUCAGUUGCAUAUCCAUGCCAUGAAUAUCUUUGCUCAAAAAGGGAGCACUGUUGCUUCACAGCUUUCUUCAGCUGUUGCCAGACAACAGGAGGAAGCAAGGAAUGGAUUGUCGAAGAUUGUAGGCUCCAUCAAAUACUUAGCUCGGCAAGGUUUAGCUCUGCGAGAUCAUGUGGAAGAGAAAGGUAAUCUAUCCCAGCAUCUUAAAGAAAAGGCAGAAGAUGACCCUGCUUUUCAAAAGUGGUUAGAGACACACAAGCAGGAUUACACAAGUCCUCUCAUUCAGAAUGAAAUACUAGGCAUACUGAGCAAUGACAUUGUAAGAGGAAUAGCUGACACUAUUCGAUGCCUCCCAGUCACACAGUUUGCCUUGAUAGUUGAUGGGACACAAGACAUAUCAGGUCGAGAGCAAGAAUCUGUAUGUCUUCGUUUUGUGGAUCAUGACUUAUAUCCUCAUGAGGAAUUUAUUGGGAUGUAUUCAGUGACCGAAACAACAGGAGAGUGUCUUGCAAAAGUAGCAUUAGAUGUACUUUGCAGACUAAAUUUGCCAUUGUCAGCACUGCGUGGGCAGACAUACAAUGGUGCAGCAAACAUGUCUGGCAAAUAUUCUGGUACACAGGUUCUUAUUAGGGAGAAACAACCACGAGCUUUGUACGCACACUGUGGAGCACACUGUGUGAAUUUGGUAGCACAAAAAGCAUGUGCAGCUUCUACAGUUGUACAAGAUGCGCUUGACUGGGUUCAUCAGUUAGGAGUUUUGUGUGGACAGUCUGGCAAAUUCAAACAGAUGUUUCAUCAGAUCGCAAAAUCUGACCAUGGAACCCCAAGCACCCUGAAACCACUGUGUGAAACAAGGUGGACUGUAAGACACGAUGCCAUCCGUUCAGUUUUAACACAGUAUGACUCUGUCCUCACUGCCUUAGAGGAAAUGGCAGGGACUGACUCUCCCACUGCAGCCACUGCAAAUGGUCUGUUUCAGCAGUUUAUGAGAGGCAGUACUGUACUUGGUCUUGUGAUGGCACAAGCAGUUAUUGGUGAGCUGGAGUGUCUCAACAGUUCUCUUCAGAGAAGGACACAGACUGUUUCUGGUAUGCAGGCUGCUGUUUGUAAGGUUCAGUCUACUCUCAAUGGCAAGAGAAGUGAUGAGGCCUUCCAAAGCCUUUUUGAGGAGGCAUCUACAGUUGUGAACUCUUUAGACUUAGAACCUAUAACAAUGCCAAGAGUUCGACAACCACCCAAGCGCUAUAGUGGAGAAUCAAGUGGUUUCGGUCCUAAAACUCCUGCAGAAUUCUACAGAGUUGAGUUUUAUAAGGUACUUGACACCAUUCACACACAGUUCACAGAACGUUUCCAGCAGGGUGGGCUUUCUAUCCUGCAAAAGCUGGAGAACACCUUGCUGUCUGGAAAUGUUGACCCUGUGAUUCACAACUAUCCAGAAAUUAAUGCCCAGUUGCUGGAAAUCCAGGUGCCUAUGUUCAAACACAAUUACACAUACAAUUCCUGUGGAGAGGCUACAAGCAUUCUCAAAGGUUUGCCAUGUGAGGUGCGAGGCUUAUUUACUGAAGUUGAAACUCUGGUCAGGUUACUCCUUGUGGUACCAGUCUCAUCCUCAGAGGCAGAGAGGAGCUUUAGUGCUCUUAGACGAUUAAAGACUUGGUUACGCACAACUAUGACGCAGCAGAGGCUGAACCAUGUUGCAGUGUGUCACAUCCAUCAGGACAAAUUGGACCUCUUAACUAAGAAGUCAGUGUGUGCCCAGUUCGUUUGUUUUACACCGUGACGCAAACAGGUAUUUGGUGCUUUUAUCUGAAUUGCCCAACAUUAUCUAUAGUCCGCUAGUUGCUGGCAGAGUAGAUACCAGUAUAGCAACCUGUUUAUUUGUCAAAUACUUGUCAUGGUAAUGGUAUGUGUGAUGGUAUUGUAUUCUAAUAUGUUGUGACAUAGCUACCUUAAUAUGUGGUUUGCAGAUAGGCCUACUGUUGUAUUUUAAUGCUUUUAUUUGGAUUUUGUUAAUAUGAAUUGGUGAUGUUCACCAAUAUGUGAAAUCAGUUUGCCAUGUUCAGAAUAGAGGUGCAAGCUGCACUCCAGUGUGCCACCCUGUAUUGUGUGUUGUAUUGAGUGUUGCCAUGAAUUGUGCAUAAGACAUUUUCUGUUUGUACUUUAGUAGUGUCAAUACAGUGAUGCAAUUGAUUAAUCUUUAAAGUUCUUGAUUUUUUUUCAUAGAUGGUUGACAUAAACCCAAAAUCAAUUAAGUGGAAGCUGCUAUGGUCUUGCUAGCUAGUACUUAAACACAAUAGGAAUUAAUUGGUCAUUGUUGCAUAAAUAGUCAAGUACACAGCUGCAACAACUUCAAGUAAAUCACCAAUGUAUUUCUAAUACAGACAUGCCAAAUUACCCCGAUUCCUUUUACAAAAGUAAACAAUUCAAUAAAUACCAAUAAACAGGCACAAAGUUUAACCCCCCCAGUGGAAGACCCAAAGUUACGCCCUUGAAUAAACACAUUUUUCUUACUGAUCUUAGAUGUGUGGUUUUCCGAUGAGAUGAAUGCUUAAAGCUGCUGCUUGUUAUGUAUUUGUAUGUUUACUGUUGGAAGCUCCUUCAAUGUCAGAAAUGAUACUGUGAUUAAAGACUGAUGAAACAUUGUUCCUGCAGGACAGUGGCGCCUGCAUACAUUUUUCAUAGGGGUGGCCAGCUGCAGCCACUUAAAAUCUUGGGGUGGCACACCAAAACUAAAAAGUCAUAAUUUCAGGGAUUUUAUUUUACUAGUACUAUUAUUACUAUCUUUUUAUUAUACCGUAGUAUGUAGGCUAGCAGAAAACUAUCAGAAAGACUUGAGGGAGCACCUAUUGAUAAACUUAUUGUCUUUAUUGUUAUAUUUAAUGUUACUAAUGAUCUAAAGUGCAUAGACUAAGAACAGUACAGUUAACAUUUUGAGUUAAUUUCCUCCCUCUACCUUCCUCCUCCGUCUCCUCAUCACUAUGCCUCUGCUGCUCAACCGUCGGCUCUCUCUCUAAUUUUCUUCUUGAAGUAAGGAGAGAUGUCUGUUGACUUUCUCUUCAUGGUCUGCAAAUUGAAUCUAGAAAAGCACUCAGAGAGUGCAGUACUCCACCAAGGCUGCUGAGUUAACGUGUUAUUUACAAUGGAAGAAAUCUUUAAUAAAAAAAUGACUUUGUGCCGAGCACAGGCAUGUGUUAUGCAUGUGCAUGUUAUGUAUGCAGGCUGCACAGUGGAGUAGUGGUUAGCACUUUCACCUUGCAGCAAGACGAUCCCCGGUCUGGGUACUCCGGCUUCCUCCCACAGUCCAAAAACAUGCUGAGGUUAAUUGGUUACUCUAAAUUGUCCGUAGGUGUGAAUGUGAGUGUGAUUGUUUGUCUGUAUAUGUAGCCCUGUGAUAGACUGGCGACCUGUCCAGGGUGUCCCCUGCCUUCGCCUGAGUCAGCUGGGAUAGGCUCCAGCACCCUCCGCGACCCGAGUGAGGAUAAAGCGGUGUAUAGAGAAUGGAUGGAUGGAUGUUAUGUAUGCAUACGAAACUGCGUGUCAAUUACACUUAUGAAGGUGUGUUGAUCAGUUCAUCACUUUUGGCAAGCCUUUGUUUUGCUAGUGUUAAAAUAACCAUUCCUUCCAUGCUUUUAUUUUGAAGAUAUAUUUUUAAUGUUGCAGGCUUUUAUUUUGUCACCAUUCCAGCGGCACAGGAAGUGUUGUCUAAGAAGCGGUUUCGUGACAUGACGAAAAGUCCGAAAAUUCACAUAAAGAUGACAGAAAACGGGGAUGUGUUUAAACUUAUAAGCACCUAGCGGGGACAAGGUGUUACGGUGAAGAAAUGAGGGAAGGACAGAAAGGUGAAUUUGUGUUCAAAUAAGGCUGAUGGCUGAACUUAACUGUCUGGCUGGGGUUUGCUACAUCGCAUGACCUAAAUACGUUGCGGUGGGAACUGAUGGAACUCAGAAACACCCCACAGUUUAAUCAUUUGUUCCUUGUAUGAUUUCCAACUGAUAAAUCUGUAAUUUUGUUGUAGGAUCACAAUCAUGUGAUCAUCAGCGGGUAGCAGACAUUGAGUUCACGUCAUGGUUACAGCAAUGCUGUGCAGGCUGCUAUAUGUGGCAAAGGGAAAUCUUUAACAAAGCCGUGGAUCCACAGUAUAGGCCGCAUCAAUGCCAAAAUUUAAUCACGUGGUCCUUGUGUCAUUUCUGGCCUUCCCUGAAAAUUUCAUCCAAAUCUGUUGCUCCGUUUUUGAGUGAUGUUGCUAACAGACAGACAGAUUCACAGAAUAACAGAUUCACAGAGAAAGGUACGCUGAUCGUCACAUAACUCUGCCACACCUUGGCGGAGUAAUAAUAGCAGCAGCUAACAUUAGCUGACUAUCAAUGUUGGGAGGGUUACUUUUAAAAUGUAUUCCCCUACAGAUUACUGAUUACAUGUCCUAAAAUUUAAUCUGUAAUGUAUUUCCUUGGAUUACUCAAGUAAAGUAAUGUAUUUUAAAUACUUUUGGAUUACUUUUAGCCUACUCAACAAUCAUCUCAUUGAGUGUGUUUAUCUGGGACACUGAAUUUAGUUAACACAUGUUUUAGAGAACGAUGUAAUUACUAAGUACAUAAAAUUAGCUGACCGGCAAGCUAACGCUAAUUAGCCAACUUAUCUCAAGAUGCUUCUUCAAAUUAGACGUGGAGUCCCUCGAUGCUGAAAGCAGCUUUGUUGAUGGUAAGCAAAGCUUGCUGUCACCCCCCCUCCCGCUCCUGUGCUCUGGCUCCUCACGUUAAUGACGAGCUGCUGUGCUAGAAGCACAGCCGGCGCAAGUUUCAGUCAGCGCAGCAUAUAAGCCUGACUCUCCUCAUGGCUCACCGCUGGUUCAUUGCCCCAUACUCCAUGCUGCACUCUGCACUCUGCACUCCACCGCGAGCACACCGCUCUGGAUUUAUGGAUUACCUCGCCUGCUCGUCACCCCUGCUGCUAACUGCACGCCAUCAUAUGCACACCGCUGCCUGGAUUCUAAUUCACCAUUACCGGCUCCGUCUUCCUUCCUCACCCCAGAACCCCUGCUCUGCUCUGCAUCCCUUCUCCGUCUGCUCCUGGUCCGUCUGCUCCUCAGUCUGCACCACAUCCCCGCUACCGGCUCCCUCAGCUCUGCCCCCCACCUCGUCUCCUGAUUCCUUGGACAUUCUGUAAGUCACCUCUCCCCGUUUAGUUUUAGUUUAGCUUUCAUCGUGGCCCUCGGCCGCCGCCUUUAGCUAGUUUAGUUUACCCCGCUCUGUUAAUUCCCCAUGCCUCCUGUUGAUAAUUCUCUGUUCAUUUAUUAUUGAAACCUUUUCAUAAAUCAUCCACCUGUGUGUUUGCCUGCUGCUUGGGUUCUACACGCCUGUCCAUGACACUUGCAUUGCACUGUGAUGUCACAACCUUCUUGCCCAGGUUUGUAGGUAAAAUGUUCUAUAAAUUUCCAUGCCAAAAUUGUGUUUUUGCCCUCCCCCUCGUCGUUCUCUCAUCCUCUGCCAUUGUUGCCCUUUGGUUGUGGAACGUCCUCUCGUGCAUUGACUUGCAGCACCUAAUGCCACCUGCAUCCGCCCAGUACAACCUGCGUGUGGUGAGUUUCAAAGUAAUCCCUACAAGUAAUCACUUUUUUAAAGAAAGUAACCGUAUUCAAAGUACACCAAUUUCAAUUGUAACUAUAACGGAAUACAGUUACUCUUAUUUUGUAUUUUAAAUACAUAACGCCGUUACAUGUAAUCCGUGACUCCCCAACUCUGCUGACUGUGCCUACCUACUGUAAUGUUACCUAACACAAAUAAGUUAAAAAGCACAGCAGUGCUGAUCUAACAGGUUGCUGUAGCAGCACCUUUUGCCACUUAAAAAGCACGUCACAGUGAAUAUUCCUUCUCCCCCUUCGUUUUUUUCAAAAGAAAUUAUGACUUACUCAUGGUCCUCUCUUUAGAUCGGUGCUGCUGAUCGAUGCAGAUCAAUGGCGAUGCUGUGGAGUUUGUGAGGAGUGAUUGACAUCACUGCUAGACAAUGAGCCAAUCAAGGGGGAAGGAGCCGUCUGUCACCUCUGAUUGGCUACGUGUGCACCAUCUGAGCCCUGUCCUGGCCGCGGUGUGAGCUUAACUGGCAAUCGAUUUUGUGACUGGUCAGUGGGGUGGCCAGCAGAUUUGUAAGGGUGGCCACAGCCACCCCAGGCCACCACCUGAUAGCGCCAUUGCUGCAGGAUUUAACAGGAACAAACUUCUGUGAA